AAUCCUUCAAUUUUUUGAAGGUCAUGUAGACAGUAUUGGUGGACGUUCAGAGGCCACGUGCAAAACAUGGCGAAGCGGUCGAGAACAAAUGACCAAACCUCGGAUGCAUCUCCCCUCCACCUCACAGAACCAGAGCAAUCAACUUCACCACCUACCAAGAUCACAGUCCCUUCACCAGAUAACAGCAGCGAAUCUCAACCCCAACAGCAGUGUCUCAUGAAAUGCUCAUUACCACCUCACAAAGAUACCCUCACGUUCUCAUCUUAUGACGAUUAUGAAGCUCACUACCUCAAAUUUCAUGUCAAUCGCUGCUCGGAAUGCGGCAAGAACUUUCCAACGCAGCAUAUAUUAAAUAUCCAUAUUGAGGAGAAUCAUGAUCCCCUAAUUCUUGCUCGGCGAGAUAGAGGAGAGAAGACUUUCAGCUGCUUCGUAGAAGGCUGCGAAAGGAAAUGCUCAACUCCCCAAAAGCGUCGUCGACAUCUGAUUGACAAGCACAUGUUCCCCCGAAACUACAAUUUCUUCAUCGUCAACGACGGCAUUGACAAACAAAAUUCUCUAUUACACACUUCACAAAAUCACGGCCACCACCGUCGGCUAUCACUACCUCCGCAAUCACCGCUGGAAGGUCGAUUACGGAAUAGGAAAACUUCUGUAUCUUUGGCUCCAGUGAAUGAUGGCGAAGGGUUAGAUGAAUCAUCGAAAGAGCAGGGUAUGGAAGUGGGUGAUGAUGAGAUCGAUGUCCUAGCUUCGUCCCUUUCGGCGCUGAGGUUUGUGCCGACGAGUGUGAUUAAGAGGUUGGAGUUGGAGCGUAAGUAG